UAGAGAAUGCGAACAGUGGAUCCUACUUUUAGGAUUUUGCAAGGCAAAAGCAGAACGGACGUAUUCAGUUUUGUUUUGAAUCCUGAACGGUCGAAGGUUCCACAGGACAGCCGUUGCCUGCACAACGUUCCAUUUCAGGCACGCGCGCCCAGCCACCGGGGUCCUGCGUGGUAAAGACCGAAGAACGAAGAUGGCGGUGCCCACAAGCAGUCAGGUCCUGUCUUUAUACAGGUUGAUGCUGAAAGAAAGCAAGAAGUUCACCAGUUACAAUUAUAGGACCUUUGCACUCCGGAGAGUUAAGGAUGCUUUUCGAGAAAACAAAAAUGUGACAAAUCCUGAAGUUAUCCAACAGCUAAUAGAAAAGGCUAAUGCCAGCAUUGAAACUAUUCGCCGACAGGUACUCAUUGGCCAUUUGUAUACCACUCAAAAGCUCAUCAUUGAAAAUCAGUGAAACUGACAUUCAAAGUCGACAUGUAUUUUGGAAGAGUAAAUUUGUCUAUCAACAUCUACUCAACUAUCUGGAAUUCAUGGCAUCCGAACCAUCAAAGAACUAAAGCUUCUUUCUCCUGCAUAUUCCACAGAUUAAAAGAUUUUCAUGAUAGUGGUUUGGCAUCAUUGAAAUCAGUUAAUUUAGUUUCACUGCUGAUACAGUUCUACAAUACCAGUGAUUGGAUGACCGAUAUUGAAUAACCAAUAUUUUAUGAUAUUGGUGAAAUGGUACAGAUCAAUUGUAUACAUUUUUGUAUAAUUCUAAUGUGUUGGGUUUUUAACAAACAGUGACAAGAUGAUAUAUGAAUGGUUAAAAAUUAAAACUGAUUCUCUGCAUAAUCAAAAAAAAUGCUGAAGAUAAAUUCACUUACAAAAUAAAGUUGAAGCAUCUGCUUUUGCCUAACGUUUUGUAUGAGAAUAAUCUCUACAAAUAUUUACAUUGUUAGUGCCCUAAUUUUGAAGUGGUCCAAAUUAUUUAUAACUUGCUCUCCGCACUAUUGAUGGAAUGGUUCUGUACCAAAACAUUCUGAUACAUUUUAAAUAAAUAACUUUACUGCAUUAUGAA